AUGAUUGUGAUCAACGUUCAAGACCACUCGCACAUGAAUUCCUCAAGAAACAAUGAAUCUAUUAAAAUUUUGUUCAAAAGACCGCCCUUCCCGCCCAAUAUAGAUCCGGUAGAAAUAGCAAAAAAACGUUUUGUUAAAAUGCGCGAUCCCAAAAAGAUCAAUUCAAGAGGACCUAAUUGCUUCAUGAUAUACAGGUCGUAUUGUACGUCGAUCAAUGGUGCAUCACGUAGUCGAAGGAGAAAUCGAAUUCCGAUGACCACGCUUUCCAUGAUGAUUGCGGAAUCAUGGGAUAGCGAGCCUCAGGUGGUCAAGAAUUAUUAUAAAGAACUUUCUGCACUGACGGAGGUUGAGUUAAUCAAACAAAGAAGGCGCAACGAAAUUCAGUUCCUACCCUGUGAAGAAAAAUGCAAAAAUCCUCGAAGUCCUGAUGAUAAUUCCCGUAAAAUAAAUCCGAAAGAUUUUGAUCCUCCAACAAUGGAAGAUCUUAAAUUAAAUGCGGAAAACAAUGAAAGCAGACUUCUUGACUCGCACGAACAUUUAGAUUGGGCUCCUUUCACUUACGAGCCGUUAGAGAUGUUCGCAUGUUCCGACCAUGGAAUCUUAGAAUGCCCAUGCCAAUAUAGUGCAUUUUAG